AAAAAUAAAGUUUCGUAGCUGCGGCCAAAACAUGUUAAUGCUAGCUCUAUCAAAUUUUGUCUUGUGAUUUUGUUGAUGACUAAAAACUUAUCACAGAUUGUUUUGUAUUUUAUUACUGUAUCUGAUCGGUAGAAAAGAGAAAUUUAGUUUAUUGAGGGACCAACGAUGUCAAAUCAGCAACCCCCAUCUUAUCAGGAGUCUGUAGGCACUGGUGGUUACACAAAUUAUGGAGCACCCCAGGGGUCAGCCCCUCCAGCAGGACAGUAUGACUCCAGCAAGGGUUAUCCUGGUCCCCAGGGAUACCAGGGUGGGUACCAGCAGAUCCCUAGUUAUCAGAAUCAAGCUCAGAUAGUUGUUCAGCCCCAGCCACAGAUUAUUGUAGUAGGUGGAUGUCCCUCAUGCAGGGUAAGACAGUCAUUAAAUACUAGUCUGUUUGUGUUGAACUUGAUGAGAGUUUUCUUCACUAUUAAUAUAUAUUAAAAGUCUUGUCACCAA